AUGUCGACCAAUCCCGUCGUCCUUGACGAAGAUACUUACACAGAAGCCAUCAGCUACAUUAUAGAACGCGAUUUCUUCCCUAAUUUAGCAAAACUCAAAGCACGCCAAAACUACUUUCAAGCUCAAGAGAGUGGCAGUCUUGUCAGUCUCCAACAAGCAGGAAAAGCACUUUCAGAUCUCUCUCAAACACCACUUCAGCGUACAGCUGGAGCACCCGAAUCACUUCCACAAAACUUCUACAACCAAGACGAACCAGAACUUGCUACACGAGUCAACCUCAAUCUGUCCCUAGACCAAUUCCAAACGCUUUACACCAGCGAAGACAAUGCCUCAUUUACCGAUCUACUCGAAAAAGCCAAUGCAAAACGCAAAGAUAAAUAUAAGCUUAUAUUCGACGAAACAGCCAAUCGACUUUUAAUUGAAGGUGUGCCAAACAAUGGAGCUUCGUUAAAGCGAGUAAAAGCAGAUGAAGCACCCCCAGGAACAUGGAAAUACAUGCCAAGAAAUGCUUUAAUGUACUUCGCAGACGGCACGGGCGGAACACUUUUGAACGAAGCAGACUCUAGAGCACCUCCACGAGCCAUUGCUCAUGGAAACACUCAGUUGGAAAUAGAAGAAGAAAAAGAAAAGUCGGAAACUUCACUUAAACCAUCUGAUAUUGCAGCACAACAAGGAAAAAUGACACCUUGGAAGGAAAUCAAUGGUCUGGACAACUCCCAUACACCAGAAUUCAGAGGUUUCAGUCUUGUUGAUGCAACACCUUCACCUACGCCUUCACGUAUGGGUACUCCGAUUAUGACAUGGGGUUCCAUUGAGGGAACUCCUGUUCUUAUUAAAGGAUCAGAGACACCAGGUCCUCAAUUUUCACUUCCAAAGGCAUCUCGUAGAGAGGCGCUGGGCAUGAGACUGUCUGAAAGAGCUUCUCGUGCCUACCGAAAGAAAACAAAGGAGAGAGCUAAUGCUGUCAGAGGAACACCUCGAUCGGGGCAAGGAUAUACAACCAAAAAAAAAGGGGGGAGCUGGUCUUAUGUCUCCGGCUGCUCAACAUUUGAUGCGAACACACACUCCAUAUUCUUUGGGCGGAUUCGAUGCUGCACUCCGGUCAUCUUACGUCUCGCUUUCGACAGGAAGACACGAACCAACUCAUGGAGUGCCAUGGCAGACAGGCGACCUGGAGCAACCCCAACUCCUCUAUUCAGAGCAGGUGCUACACCAGGAACGGCUACUUUCAAGACACCCUUUGGCGACACGCCUGUCAAGAAAUCUUAA